GCCAUGUUGAUUGGCGAUACGCAGUUGUUGCACACCGUUUGAAUAACUGAUUCGUGUUGCUCGCCUUCCUAGUUGACCUUGUGCCCCGUCACUCUACUAGCUACAGGAACAUGACACUUACCGUUUGUAUACAUAACUACAGCCAGAGGACCUUACAAGGAUGUCGAUAGGAUCAACCAUAGAUAUCAAAUGAGGUGUUAGCGACUAAGAUCGGAGCAAUCGACACGUGAAAGAAUACAUUGUCAGCGAUGUCGACCCAAUCCUUCCAGUUGCUAAUCGUUGCUUUAGUGACACAAACAACUAAUGCAUAUUCCAACAGCAGUAGCCCUUUAGGGUGGUCAAACAUGUGUCAGUCCGCCAGUAAUGAUUCAAAUGUAGUCAUUUCCUGUCACGUGGGUGUUGAUGAUACAUGGGAUUUAAAUCACUUCCGGAAUUGGUCCGCCAUAUUGGAUAAUGGCACACGUGUGUCUCUUGAAGUUAUUUGUGAACCUGGAGCCAGUGUCUGUCUCCCAUGGCCGUACCGAGCCAGACAUCUGGACACUCUGAAGGUCAAGGAUUGCAUUAACAGGUGCUACUUCUCGGACUUCAACCGACCGGAAGUCCUCGAAAUUCCCGACUCGCUGAGGGUGUUUGAAGGAUACGGUGUUACUGAACAGUUUAACGUAAUGGAUAUGUUGUCUGUUGACCUGAAGAGUCUCUCUCCUACCUUGGAGUGUGGGCCGCUGUUCUUGGAGGUGUUCAUCUACAGGAACACUAAGACAGAUUUAAUUUUCCCAGAAGGUUUUAUGCCGAAGGGGAAUGACGAGAUCACUGACGACUUCGUACAAACUGCGCGUGAUGUGAACAAACUUAAUCACGUAUGUAACUAUGAAAAUAUGAAGGUCUACGACGUAAGUCAGAGACAGGACUCGUCGUCUGCUAGUAUAUACGCCACGUUUAUAAACUCCCGCUACCCGAAGCUUACAAUGCUGAACUUCUCGUCCACGGAGAUCCAGACAUUCCCUUCAAUUUUAUUAACAUGGAAAGGACUUAAACUUGAAAAACUACAAGUUCUGGAUCUGUCCCACAACAACAUGUCCCGUUUUGACCUCAGGGGAGGACCUCAAAGUUAUGACGCACCAAUCAAAGUUAUAAACCUGACCUACAACUCCAUUGAAACAAUAGCAGAGGCCGAGAUCGCUUCGUUUCUGUCACCCGUUGCACAAGUUGUGGACGUGAGGGCAUAAUCCCCUGAAGUGCGACUGCGCCAUGGCUGACUUCGGUGACUUCCUGAGAAGACAUCCGACACCAAAGGACGCAGGUCUGAGUCUUGACUAUGAAUAUCUUUGGGAUCUCACAUGCGUUGCUCCAGUCAGCAAAAGAGG